GCCGCCGGCCAGCCCGCACCACGCCGCGCGGCCACCUCGCCGAUACCGACGCCUUCCCUGGCCGUCCACCGGCCACCGAGGCCAACGUCGCCAUCCAUACAGUGAUCAAAGUGGCCACCGCGGCCGGCCACGUAGUGUCAGAGUGUGACCACCGCGGCCACGUCAGUCCCCUGGCGGUGCACUGUAACUACAGCGGCCGCACCAGACGGCACACCCCUAGUUGUGUAGCGUGGCCACCACGGCCGACCCGGACGCGAUCCCCCUGGUGGUCCAGAGCGGCCACCAGCUGCCACCAUGCCGUAACAUGAUGGGCUACAACAACCAAGGCCACGGGUACAACAAGUUGUUCACGCAGUUGUUCGUACGUGUGCGUUGCGCGGCCAGACAGUUGUCUUUGCUUUCCAAAAAUUGGAUCACUGGAGUGGGUACGCCACGCCGACAUCGACAAAUGACACACUACAAACCUUUGGGCUCGGCGGAUUCCAACUACUCGCAGCCGUCGUCGGAGCUGUCGCUGGACGAGGACAAGGAGGCGCUGCGCCGUGAGAAGGAAGCGCAGGCCCUCUCACAGCUCGACAAGGCAAGGUCCAAGCCGGUAGCGUUUGCGGUGCGAACGAACGUAGCGUACGAUGGCUCGCUGGACGACGACUCUCCUGUGCACGGUAGCGCCAUCUCCUUCGAGGUGCGCGACUUCCUGCACAUCAAGGAGAAGUACGAUAACAACUGGUGGAUCGGUCGGCUAGUAAAGGAGGACGCGGACAUCGGGUUCAUUCCGUCGCCAGUGAAGUUGGAGUCGGUACGCUCGGGCCCCGGCCGUGCACGCUACCGCCCGCCCUCCGCUGCGCCAGCGCUCCCCAGCCGAGGUAGCACUCCCCCCACGCCCGAUGUGCCAACCUUUGACCGAGGUGAGGAUUCAGACUCAGGCAAGGGGCGCGGUGCGGGAGCGCUACCCACCGGAAAGGAGAAGAGGAAACCGUUCUUCAAGAAGCAGGAGAACGCGAGCCCGUACGACGUAGUGCCGUCCAUGCGGCCUGUGGUGCUGGUGGGACCAUCCCUCAAAGGGUACGAGGUCACGGACAUGAUGCAGAAGGCCCUCUUUGAUUUCCUCAAGAGGCGGUUCGAGGGCAGGAUAAUAAUAACUCGUGUGAUGGCGGACAUAUCGCUAGCGAAGCGCUCGCUGCUCAACAACCCGUCGAAGCGGGCGAUAAUGGAGCGCUCCAACUCGCGCUCCACUUGCCUGGCCGAGGUGCAGGCGGAGAUAGAGAGGAUAUUCGAGCUGGCGCGCACGCUGCAGCUGGUGGUGCUAGACUGCGACACCAUCAACCACCCCUCGCAGCUCGCCAAGACCUCCCUCGCGCCUACCAUCGUCUAUCUCAAGAUAUCCAGUCCGAAGGUGCUGCAGCGACUGAUCAAGUCGCGCGGCAAGGGGCAGAGUAAGAACCUGUCGGUGCAAAUGGUGGCUGCGGAAAAGCUGGCGCAGUGCCCCACGGAGAUGUUCGACGUCGUGCUCGACGAGAACCAGCUCGAGGACGCCUGCGAGCACAUCGCCGAAUACCUUGAGGCGUACUGGCGAGCGACGCACCCACCAACAGUGGCACCGCAGCCGCGCGCGCCCGCGCACCACGCGCCGCAUCACGCACCGCACCACGCCCCGCACCACGCCCAGCCUGAUCCCCCUGCACAUUCCGGAGGACACCGGGAGAGGUCUGACUCGUAUAACUACGAGAGAGAAAGAGGAGGCAGGUCGCGGGCGGCGCGGCCCGAGCGGUUGGAGGAGGAGUACUACCCGCGGGAGCAGUACCAGCGCUACCCGCGCGACCACUACCCGCGCGACUACCACGAGGGCUACGCUCAUGACUACCCGCCGGCGGAGACGUACGAGCGCGAGGCGUACGGACACGACUACACGCGCGACGCGUACGCGCGCGAGGAGUACGGGCGGGAGUACGCGCGCGAGGGGUACGCGCGGGAGGAGCGCGCGCCGCGCAGCCGCGACCGCGACCCGGAGGACUACGGGCCGUCGCGCCGCGCGCUGAACGCCGUCUAGCGCCGCCGCUUUCAGACCGAUUCUUAUGCGGUUUCGUGUUUCCUUAUGUAUUCCCGUGUCCGCGACUGCGGUCCCGCGACCGCUUGUGUGAACGCAACUGCUACUGUGACGAUGGCGCCGAAAUGAACGCCUUCCAUAGAAUGGAUUUCAAUGUUUUUUCUAUCAAGCGACACAUCGACAUCUAUUUUCUCUAAAUAUGAAAUAAUUUAAGGCUUAUGAUACUUUGUUAAAUGAGAUUUUGCUCGUAUCAGCAAGUGCGAAGAAGUUGUAGUCGGAAAUGAGCGAUCUAAUUUUAUAAUAAAUCAUUUUUCCACAGCUUUAAUAGCACUAAACGUUGUUUUAGUCGAUUGUAACUCGUUAAUUCUUACAGUUGUUGCCCACUACGAAUAGAUAAGCAAGAAAUAUUUUUCUGGAUGUUAUUUUGUAUAUUCAAUUCGAUUCAAUAGGACAGUUGUACUUUCGCCCUCUUUUUGAACACUAUGAGCUUUUCUCUUUUGUGUAUUGCCUAAGUAAAAUAUUAUUUGUAUAUGAAUCUAUGUAUUUGGUAAUAUCAGACGCAGCUGCAUUUACACAAUCGAGACCUGAUCAUACCGAGUGCGAGAUGCUGAUAGUUUUGUCUGUCGAAGUAAAAAUACUACCUAUUGUAUUGUUCUCGCAGCGGCUGUAAGUAUUGUCUAUUUCUUAAUUCUUGUUUAUUAUGUUUUGUCGAUGGUAGCGUAAGUAUUAUUGUCCGCAAUUGCAAUUGGUAGGAUUACAAGAAUUUUGUCAAGUUCUUUAGCGUGGUAUUGGACUGUUUUAAAGUGUUUAUUGUUUCCCUAAUUAUCCAUUAAAAUUGAUCUUCCUUAAUUUUAGGUAUUAGCAUUCGAAAUCUGUUUAAAAGUUUGUGUUCUUUAUUAGACGUAGAUUAUUUAGAGAUUGAUUCUCAGAGGUUACUUUUUGGUAUUGUGAUGUGCUGGGUGUGAUCAGGGCAGUGGGCAGUGGGCAGUGGCAGUGGGCCGCGCUGGCGCCGGCCGUCUCGUUUCGCUGAGCUUUGUGCCACGCUUCCGUUGGCGGCCUCGCAACGACCGCUUGUACGAUUUUUGAGACUUGUACCUGGCCUCUUUUCACGACAUGGAAAAUUUUACUAUAUUCCAUUUGUUUCAUUUGCUAGACAACUUAUAACUUUUGCAAUAACAUGGACUAUCAAAUCAUUUGUCAAGUUCCAAAUCCAAUGAUUAUAAUUUAAAAUUGUCUUUUCGUGGCUUUCAUUUGAUACAUAGAAAGUAUUCACAUUUAAAUAGAGUAUGGUUGUCCUUGUCGUGGAAAAUGAGUAUGAAUUAAUACGAAUUUUUACCAGAGUGCAGGUAAUCUUUGAAGACCUACGCUCUGUUAAAGUUAGGUAUUUGAUCUCUAGGCUAAGUGUGUACGAUAAUUUGUAUGGUCUCUCUUUUAAAACAAAAUGAAAAGUUAUAUUCUGAAAUUAUUGUUAUUUUUACUUUACUUACGUAUGUUAUUUCUGUUCUUUUCUUUUUAUUCUGUUUUGACAGAGAGAAAGAUAUACUGUGCAAACACACGUGGGGCUUAUUGCAUUCGUGUAUGUGGAAGUGAGUGGGUAACGGACGCGUGUUGAUAUUCGAUAUCGGAUUUCUAGUUAAGGUAAUAGUGUAUGUACUAAAAGCUGAAAGCAUCGGUGGAGGCAAUUAGGCAUGCUGCCUAUCCCAUUAAAAAAAUAUUAAAUUUUGAAAUAUCACUAGAGAAGUUUUAAGCCCGAAAGGCAAAUCCAAGAAAUAUGUUAAUUUAAUUUUAAAUAAGAAUUAAUUGAAACCUAUGACCAAAAUCAAAUGAGAAGAUUAAUUAUUUCAUCAAAAAUUGCUUUAUCCACUUUUAUAAAGUUAAAAAACUUCAAGUAAAGCGUUGCCUCCGCCGCGUGCGAACCUCCGGCGCCGCAGUCGGCGGCCGGAGCUGGGGUCGAAUGUAUAAAUUUUACAUAAAUGAUAAUUUUAGAGCCGUUAGAUAUUAUCCGUUUCCCAUUUUUUGGACAUACAUACUCUUGUAAUUAUAUUGCAUCGUCUGUACUUCAUUGUUGCAAUCAUUUGUAAAUAAAAUACUUUAUA